GCAGCAGCAGCAGCAGCAGCUAAAACUCAAGUCUUAACUCCCAGAUUCCAAGGAAUAUACUUCAAUAAUACAACUUCAACAUGAACUUCUACAAGAUCUUCAUCUUCGUUGCCCUCAUCCUGGCCAUCAGCAUGGGUCAAUCUGAGGCUGGUUGGCUGAAGAAGAUUGGCAAGAAAAUUGAACGCAUUGGCCAGCACACACGAGAUGCCACCAUCCAGGGCUUGGGCAUUGCCCAGCAGGCUGCGAACGUGGCUGCCACAGCCAGGGGUUAAUGCAACAUUUCUUAUUA